ACUACAACACAACGCCCACCCAUUAUCCGCCAAUUCAUCGCUCGGACGGAAUUCGCCCCCCCGUCUCCCAAAACCCUAAUCGAAUCCCCGUAUCCACCCACUGACUAGGGUUUCCCAUAAACUGAAGUUACAUUACUUUGUCUCGUGGAUUGUCUAAUCGAGGUUGGCAUUGCCAUGGAUUUCGAUGAGUACGACUACUUGGAGAAGGCCGUGGAGGAAACCAUCGCCCCCUCCAAGAAGGAAACUCCCGACAAGGAGAGGAGCGACAAGGGAGGCUACAGAAGAAAGGAAAGGAGCGUAGACGAUGACUUUGAUGAGGAGGAAAAGGAUACCAAAAGCAGCCGCAAGAAAUCUCGAAGUGAGGAGAGCGGACGCGACAGAGAGAAAGAUCGGGAUCGGGAUAGGGAUAGGGAUGUGGAGAGGGAGAGGAGCUCAAGGCACCGGAGUCGAGAGAGAGACUCUGAAAGCGCGAGGCGGAGCUCGAGGGAGAAAGACAAGGAGAGAGACAGGGAUAAGGAGAAAGAUAGAGAGAGAAGAGAUAGGGAUCGGGAUAGGGAUAGAGAGAAAGAGAGAAGAGAGAGGGAGAGAGAAAAGGAGCGAGAGCGGGAGCGGGCGAGGAGGAGCCGGAGUCGCUCGAGGCUGGAGCACGAAAAAGAGAGGGAGCUGUUGAAGGAAAGGGAGCGGGAUGAAAGCAGGAGGUUCAAGGAUAAAAAGGAAGUCGUGGAGCCUGAAGCUGAUCCAGAAAGGGAUCAGAGAACUGUUUUUGCAUAUCAGAUGCCACUUAAGGCUACAGAGAGAGAUGUUUUUGAAUUCUUUUCACAAGCGGGAAAGGUAAGGGAUGUAAAACUAAUAAUGGAUAGGAACUCAAGGCGUUCAAAAGGAGUUGGGUACAUUGAGUUUUAUGAUGCUAUGUCUGUCCCAAUGGCUAUAGCACUGUCUGGUCACCUAUUUCUUGGACAACCAAUAAUGGUAAAACCUUCAGAGGCAGAAAAGAAUCUUGUUCAAUCAAAUACUACUACUGGUGGUUCUGGAGUCGCUGGACCUUAUGGUGUAACGGAUAGGAAGCUAUAUGUUGGCAAUCUACAUUUCAACAUGACAGAAUUUCAACUUAAACAGAUUUUUGAAGCAUUUGGUCCUGUUGAGCUUGUGCAACUUCCAACUGAUCCAGAGACCGGACAUUGCAAGGGUUUUGGGUUUGUUCAGUUUGCACAGCUUGAACAUGCAAAAGCAGCCCAAAGUUUGAAUGGCAAACUGGAGAUUGCUGGGCGGACCAUUAAGGUUUCUUCUGUUACUGAUCAUGUUGGAGUACAAGAUACUGGCACCAAAACAGCUGAUUUUGAUGAUGAUGAUGGUGGAGGUUUGGCUUUAAAUGCUCAGUCUAGAGCAAUGCUUAUGGCAAAGCUUGAUCGCAGUGGCAUAGCUUCGAGUGUUGUGGGUUCUUUGGGAGUACCUGCACUGAAUGGAUCAGCUUCAUCACAGCAGAAUAUCACCAUGCCUAUCAACCCAGCAACAGUCCUUCCAAGCCCAGUUCUCCCCGCGCAAGCUGUCUAUAUGGUUCCAGAACCUAUUGGUACCCCCAGCGAGUGUUUGCUGUUGAAAAAUAUGUUUGAUCCAGCCACUGAGACGGAUCCUGAGUUUGAUCUAGAUAUUAGAGAUGAUGUACAAGAAGAAUGUUCCAAGUAUGGCCGAGUGAGGCACAUCCAUGUUGACAAGAAUAGUGCUGGCUAUGUUUAUUUGAGGUUUGAAAGUGUGGAAGCAGCAUCACGCUCUCAGCAAGCUAUGCAUAAGAGAUGGUUUGCUCGUAGAUUGAUCUCAGCAAUAUUCUUGCAACCUUACGAAUAUGAUGCCAAGUUCAAGGGAACCGCCUAAAUAUUGGGAUGUCAGACUGUGGGGGGCGCCUUGGGUGUAUGUUGUCAGAAAGUGGUAGCUUCUUGAGUUUUGGCCGUGGUCCCUGUCACUUGAACUAGCAUCUCUAACAACCUGCCUGAAUCGAUAGAUUGUAUCAUCAGUAAAUAUAUUGACUUCCGGUUCCUGUUCCUUCUCAUGUUGUCUUUCUAAACUGUGCUAUUACGAAGUGCGUCCAUUGGUGUUCAUUCAAAGUUUUCUAUGAAAAGAUGAUAUUGAUAUUA